GGUCCCGCAAACAAGGUGACAGUGGUUAUCGGAGAUUCAAUGGUAAAGCAUGUGCAGGGAAGGAAAAUUGGAAGGAGAGUUGGUCACGAGGUAGUUGUCAAGGCAUUUCCAGCAGCAACAACCGCUGAUAUGAAAUAUCAUCUGAAGCCACUGCCAAGCAACAGGUGGAAACAAAAUCAAAGAGGGGAAAAUGACGCAUUUUUUACCCUUUGCACGGCUUCAUCCUUGAUUUUGGGGGCAAGGGGGUUUGCUGUUCAAUUUUAUUCUGUCCAAGAUUGUCCAAAACUGAGACUGGCGUUACCCAAAGCAUAAUGUAUGGUAAUCAUGACUUAAAAGUUGUGGUCGCAAGGUUUUGAAGCUUAGCACUUUGAACACAAACCUGGCUUCAUCAGGCCCUAGGAUUUCACGGUAAUGAUCGUUUCCGCUACCGUGUCAUUACCGUGAUCUUAAAAUAAUAGAACCCAAAAAUAGUUUCCCAGUGACCUGUCCUGAUAUAUUCAGACUGACGGAUGAAAAUACACAAAUAAAGUAUUUUCCAGUCAGAUUCUUAACCAGUACAGCAAUUCUUUAUGACUCAGCUUGUGUACAAACGAAAUUUUAAAAAGAACGUUACCGUUUUUCUAUUCCGCCAUCUUGACUCAUUCCCAAAAUGCACUGCAUGUUACUGAUGACUCACGCGUGAAAGAUAUGUUACAGUUAACAGCAGCGAUUGUUAUGGCUUCCAGUACCAAGAAAAAAAAUGUACAACUCCAAAAGUUUAAAAACAAUUAGAAUGUAGUCUUUUAGUGACAAUUUCACUGUGAAACUGAUGAUGAGGCCAGAAUCUCUUUACAAAAAGACAAGAUCUGUAGCCAACAUUUCAAGUGAGUAUACUUCUUUAGUUCGAUUGAAGAGGAGUGUGGAGUUUUGAUACUUUAGUGCACACAUUUAACACUUAAAUUGUCCUGACAUUUUAAAAAUAGACAUUGAAGUUUUUAGCAAAUAAUAGUACAAACUGAUGUUCUUUAAUUUUAAAGUAUGUUUAACAACAUGUUUCUGUACAUUAAAAGAAAUAAAAGUGCGUUCCCAUGAAUUUUCCCGGAACUAAAAAAUUGUUACCGAUAGUUUCUCAUGAUCUCUGGGCACAGAACUAAAAAAUGGUUAUCCAUGGGAUUUGAAAUCCUAGGGCUUGCUUCAUCAUGAAUAAGCCAAAGAGAGAUUGCAAAAAUGUUACUAAUGGCGUUCAAUAUAUGUUUUUUGUGUAUUCCAUUUGUGGAAAAAAUAGAAUGCAUGAAUACAUGACACUAUUGAUGUCAUAAUAGUAACAUACUUCUUUCACAAAACUGGCUCUUUUUUCACUACGAAAAUUCUUGUGUAGUGAUUGCGCAAACUGCAUCGGUUGAUAUUUCUACUGACUCAAAGCUACAAAAACUGUUUGCCAGAAUAUAACGAUGGAGCUGACCUCUCAGUACACAUCGAAUGGUUUGAGCGAAAGCUCCAAUAAAAACUUAGAAACAGCCUAAGUGUGAAGCGUUUACUUACUGACUAAUAGCAAAGCAGAUCUCCGUAUUUUCCCUGACAGAAAGUCGUUUGCAGAUGCUGUUUAUGAAGAAGUUAGAAACUGUGAGGGACCGAAAGCAAAAAUUGUCCAGUGGUCAUGCUGCCAAGAAAGUCAUAAGAAGGGAGGUGGAAAGUACUUUCACAUGGCUAUAAACUUAAACUUUAUUAAGAUGUGGCUGCCCAUUCAGAACUAUUUAAAGAACAGAUGGAGAGCCUUUACGUUCACUUUUCUAACCGGCACAUUAAUUAUUACACUGCUUGGUUGUACACAACCAAAGAAGACAGAAACUACAUUCAGUCUCCUGAUCAUCGUGACUUGGCCAACUCUGGUCCACAGAGAACUACAUCAGCACGUCAAGCUCGCAAAAAACGAAGUGUACCAGCCAUCACAAGUGGCCACAAUGAAGAAUCUUCCAGUCCCGCAAGCAGAGAAGAAAGCAAGGGUCAAGAAAACAAAAGAGAUGAAGGCAGGUGGGCCAGCAAAGCAGUUAAGCGAAAGCAUUCUGGGUAUUUAA